GCCAAAGGCAUUGUGUAUUUGCUUUGGGUGGAUUAUGGCAGACACAGUGGACCUGUCUACCUUCACCUCUAAAACAAACAUCAUAUAAUAUUUAAAGGUUGGACUUCAAAAUCCCUGGAUUUUUUUUUGUAAUAAAUCAUAAUGUAUAAUUAGGGAAGUGAUGUUAUUCACUUGCAUGCAGUUAUACUUAGUUUAUCCAUGAAAUGUGUGACUGACUCUACCACCCACCCACUCUUUUGUUAUGGAUGUUUGGUUUCUGUUAAAAAAAACAACAACAAAAAAACAAAAGAAUUCCUGGCUGGGCUUAUGUUACACCUUUCUGUACUUCCAUUGUGUUGGAAGUUAAACUGAACAAUGUAAUUGUAACUUGCCCUUCCAAAUAAAAAGUUAAAUAAAAAAGAAAUAAAAAAGAAAUAUGUGACUGACAAUAAUGUAUCUCUGUGUUCUAAAUUAGUUUGCAUAUGCAUUUCUACUGUGAGAUUCCUGAAAAUCCCUUACAGCUCACUUUUUCAUUCUUCUCUAACAUUGUCCAUUUUAAUCUGAGGUGUUUUUAUAACAUUUGGGCUGAUGAAAUAUGUCUGCAUUGGGUGCAUCUGAGGGAAAAUGUCACAAAAGCCUUAUGCUCAAUGGCUUAAGCCACUCCUUUGGUAAAUGCCAACCUUUGCUGUACUUGGUAAAUACAAAAGAGUCUACCCAAGUCUAAUUAGAGUAUUUAAAAUGUUUUUGUUUAAUUUGCUGCUGAUAAAAUUGAAUUAAAACAAAGGAAAGUGAAAGCAAAUAUUGCAUAGCCAAGAUGAGAACAAAAUAAGUAACUGGUCAAACAGGCAGGGGUCCCCAAGAGAAGUAAAAUUCACAUGUCAGGUUUAUAAAUGUAAAUGUAAGCAUUAGUAGUAAUAAUAAUAGAAACAUCCUGUGAGUUGUAUUUAAUUAUCACUGGAGCCAACUCACAAGAGUUUGAAUAUUUUCAGCACGAUUAACAAAACCUCAGAUGUGAAGAUAAAUUGCUUAGAACUACUUUGACAGCAGCAAUUAGAACAUUGGUCUAUUUCCAAAAGUAUAUGGGAUCAGUUUUAUAGAAUAAGAUGUAAAUCAAUAUUCUGUUAAUUCUGAAGAUUGCCCUUCUUUUCUCAGUCAGUACAGAUUAAUGAAUUCUAGAAGCCACACUCAAUUACAAGCCUUUUAUAAAAAUUAUUACUAGUAGAAAUAUGUACCCAUUAACUAAAAUACUAUCAAUAAGUACAGAUCACGUCUGGGAUAUUCAUGACUGAGGCAUCGAUGUUUUUCUUCUUUCCUCUGCUGUUUCUGCUGAUUCUCUCUCUCCUAAAGUGGGCAUGGCCAAGCUAAUGGGAAGCCUUUACACCUGAGCUCUCUUUCCUCAUCAGACUGGCAUUAUGAGAGGAUUUGGCAGGGUCAACUCUGUCCGUGUGGAAAGCGGUGCCUUCGUCUGUUUCGACCAUCCGGACUUCAAGGGCCAGCAGUACAUUCUGGAACAUGGAGAGUACCCUGAAUUCCAGCGCUGGAAUGCUCAUAAUGAUCACAUGGGCUCAUGCCGACCAAUCAAGAUGCACGGAGAGCACUACAGACUGGAGAUGUUCGAGGGAGACAACUUUGCUGGCCAGUGUGUGGAGCUGUGUGAUGACUGUCCGUUUCUGCAAGCGCGAGGUCUGACCAAGAACUGUGUCAACUCCAUGAAGGUUUAUGGAGAUGGAGCCUGGGUGUUGUAUGAGGAGCCAAACUAUCGUGGCCGCAUGUACAUCGUGGAAAGAGGAAACUUCUGCAGCCAUAAGGAGUGGCAAGCAGAGAAUCCCACUAUCCAGUCUGUUCGCAGGGUGGCAAACUACUUUUAAACCUGCCUCCACAUCAGAGGCAGAACAAUCGACUGCUGACGGAGUAAAUGUGCCACACUUUCAGGAUAUAUCUCACAGACUCUGUGGUGGUGUAGAAUAAUAAAACAAGUGGAAAAUGUUUAA